AUGUCUACUCCUCUGCUUCGUCGAAAUUCGCUUUGUCUGGCAUCCACUACCUCCACCAGGGUUUCGUCGCAGUCAUCUGCCUCCUCUCCACUCGCUGCUCAACCACUGAGCCGUACACCUAUGUCUUCCGCAUCCUACGUCCCUGGUCGAGGCUCCCUCGUGGAGCGCAAACCACCCCACGUGAUUCUCCCUAUAACCCCCACACCCCCGCCUCUUCCCCCACCACCACCUAAUCCACAGCUUGCGCCUCUCAAACCACGGUCUCGUUCACAACAGUGGACCUCCUCUAAGGCUUUCGGCAUUGGUGGACUAGAAAAACUCCCUGCAGUUAUUAAUCCCCUAGAGGCUGGACUAGGAUUGACUGAUGGGGGUUUCAAAAUAAGCGUUGGUCAUUUGAAGCUGUCUCUGUUCAAUGUUUCCUUUUCAGCUACCAGCUAUAGGCUGACCAAAAGUUCACCUAAGGUAGUUUGGGUAGGAACACUGAUAUAA